CCCCGGCAGCGGUCUCCGAGGUAACCGUUGCUAACGGUGGGAUGUCAGACGCUCUGCAGGUGUCCUGGCGCCCGGCGGUGGGUGUGGUGGAAAACUAUGUGGUCCGUCUUCAGGACAGGGGUCGGACCGUCCACACACGGGUGGUGUCCCGCUCCUCCCCGCCUGAGUGGUCCUUCAGCUCGCUGGUUGCCGGGAAACUGUACUCGGUUGUCAUAGUGACAAGGAGCGGCAACCUGGAGAACGCCACCACAGUUCAAGCACGAACACAACCUGCCACUGUGCAAAACCCAACAGCUGUCCACUCUGCAAGAGACGGCUUUCUCAAGGUGUACUGGCGUAACGCAGCUGGAGAUCUGGACCGUUACGUGGUUCUGAUCAGUUACAACAACAGCGUUCUGCAAAACAAGAGUGUCUCCACUGGACACGAGUGCGUCUUCUCCUCUCUGUCGCCGGGGAGACUCUACACUGUCACCGUGGAAACGUGGAGCGGGGACUAUGUCAGCAGCGUCUCCACCGAUGGACGCACCUUUCCAGCAGCUGUUGGAAACCUGUCGCUCGGCAACGCAGGCACAGGUGAUCUGACUGUCACCUGGAGCCCCGCCCCCGGAGACGUGGACCACUAUGAG